UAAUUCAACGGUCUGGUGUGUGAUAUAGUUAGUAUGGAAAGAAAAAAAAAAAAAAUUUAAAAAAAAUUGCAAAAGGCUUUUGGGUUUAGUUUUGUUAUGAAGUUUUAGACUCCUCACGUUAUUAAUCUUUCAAGACUAAAGCCAGAGGCAAAAAUUGGCCCAGAGAAAAGUCCCAAAACGCAAAACAGCCCAGUGUUAUCUUCAACUCAAAGGCAAAAUGGCAACGGCUAGUUUAGCAAGACGAAUAGGCAUGGCUAUUGUAAAAGCCACCAACAACACAAGCUCUGGGAACGGCUGGUUCAGCCCUCACAUGGCUGCUGCUUCUCGUGCCAUCGCUGAACGUAUCCCAUUGGUUGAUCUCGUUCUUGAAGUCAGAGACGCAAGGAUUCCAUUGUCAUCAGCGUACAAGCAAUUGGAGAACUACACAUCCUCCUCCAAGCGAAUCAUAGUAAUGAACAAGGUGGACCUUGCGAAUCGUUCCCAGUUGAAGGAAUGGAUGAAGUAUUUUGAGCAAAAUAAUUGCAUUUCAUACGGAGUCAAUGCCCAUAAUAAAGAGAGCAUUAAGCAGUUUUUGAACUUUUUGCAAGCUCGUGUCAGAGAAUUGAAUAACAAUGAUAAUUCUAGUUAUACUGCAACGAUAUUGCUACUUGGAAUUCCUAAUGUUGGUAAGUCAGCCCUUGCCAACUCCUUACAUCGAUUUGGGAGGAUUAGUGCAGCAGAAAAGGGAAAGUUGAAGCAUGCUACAGUGAGUCCACAGCCUGGUGAAACAAAAGAUAUAAGCAGUUUGAAGAUUGGAAGUCAUCCCAAUAUUUAUGUUUUGGACACACCAGGUGUUUUGCCUCCAGAGAUUCAUGAUGUAGAGGUCUGCACCAAAUUAGCGUUGACAGGAACCAUUAUAGAUUGUUAUGCUGGGGAAAAAGAACUAGCUCAGUGUUUUCUGGCUAUCUUGAACAGAAGCGACGAAUACAAGAAAUGGGCAAAUUUGUCCAACAGUGAGAAUGGUAGAACAUUGAUAGACCACAGUAUAGAAUGCUCAAAUAGCUCGAAAGACAUCAAACGGAAAAGAAGAUACUCUGCAGAUCACACACAGGAUUUCAUAGUGCAAGAUGUUCGUCAGAUUCUCUUCAAAACCAUAUCAUCUUUCAAUGGUGACAUGGAGGAUGAAAUGCUUAUUGAGGAACAGAUCAAGGCCCUGCAAGGAGUUUUUCAGUUUCCUCUGGAAUCCAAAAAGAACACUCAAUAUAAAGCCGAAUUGAAGUUAUUGAAUCUUUUUCGCACUGGGAGGCUUGGACAUUAUACCUUGGAUUCUAUACCAAGAAACCUCUAGUUCUUUGGGACUUGGUGUAUACUAUAUGAACGCGAUUCUCUGCUAAAAGUACCCUAGAUCAAAAGCAUGAAGUCAUUUCCUUUGAGUCACCCCCUCCACAAGCUGCUAAUUCUUUCCUAGUUGACUUCUGCGAAAUUUCCAGGUCUAGAAGAUCUAGUGUAAUUAAUCCUGGGAGCUAGCUUUCUCUUUUAGCUAUUAGCUAGGUUCCAGAAUCCAUAAAUAACCUAAAAAGGUGGUGAUAAAUCAGCAUUGUUAAUUUUUAGAUUUCAUUUGAAAUCUGAAAAUGAGUCAACUAUAUGGAAAGUAAAAUAUUGUAAGGAUUUCAACCUUAUCCUAUAUAUUCAUUUGCUGUAAAUUUCAAAUCUUUGUGUUUU